GUGGUUGGUAGUAGUAUAUCCGAUCUGGAUAUGUUAGAAGGAAAAAAAAAAACUAAGUUAAAUUGAUUGCACUAAAAUUAGUUACAUCUUCUUAGAUAUCAUCGAACCAUCCUUUCAUUUCAACACUAUUUCUUCUUCAACUAACCACAACAACAAAUCUCAUCUGAUCUCUCACCAUGGCUUCCGCCGCCGCAGCCGCCGUUUCAACCUCUUUCCUUCUAACCAAUUCCGUGUCCAUAAACAAGAUGGAUCACUCUAUUCUCAAGAUCAAACCAUCCACUUCCUCGCUUCGUCAACGCAGGUUGCACCUUUCUUCUACCAGAAAGCCUCUAAUUGUUCAAGCUACAUAUAGUGAUGGUGGAAGGGGCAACAAUGCUAGCGUCUUUGUUGGCGGCUUUAUCUUGGGAGGAUUAAUCGUUGGAACUCUUGGAUGUGUGUAUGCACCUCAGAUCAGCAAUGCUAUAGCUGGAACUGACAGGAAGGAGUUAAUGAAAAAACUGCCGAAGUUUAUAUAUGAUGAAGAAAAGGCUUUAGAGAAAACAAGGAAAGUAUUGUCUAAUAAGAUUGAACAAUUGAACUCUGCUAUAGAUGAAAUUUCUUCCCAGCUUCGGUCAGGGGAUAACCUAAAUAGGGAAGCCGUGAACUCUGAUGAAGUUGAAGCUGUCUAAUGAGAGACUGUUGCUUUGCCAAAAAUAUCGUUGGUACAAAAUCCAUUUUGAACUUCUUGUAAUAUCUUUCCAUUUCUUCAUAUGGUAAUAACCUAAGUUGAUGGCAGCCUCUACUUGGUGAAUUUGUCAUUUCGAUUCGAGGUUUCUUGUGCCCUGUUUCUGUCUGUCCUUUUUAGCAAAAGAAUAUGGAAAUAACUUAGUUAACCGUUUAUGGUUUGUAUCGUAUUGAUAAUCAGUAUUCAAUUGCUUAGACAGGUGAACAAUGUCAUUUUGGAUUCUCCAUAUUAGGAUGUUGUCACUUUUACUACAAACAUGGAAUAGAUGAUAACUAUGGAGUCAUAUAUUA